CCGGGUCGUGAUUAUGAUAAUAGACGGAUAUAAGGUUUGUGUUAUUUGCCAGAAAAGCUCGAUACGCGUACACGCUCUCUUUCCGUUCGGACGUGGUGCAUUAACAACUAAGUGCAUCUUCACUCGCAUUUUCCAUACAUCGGUACCAGUCUAGUCAGCAGACAGCCAACGUUUACAAUGGCCGCCCCUUUCACACUUGACACCACAACAUUCACCGACGAGGCGAAAAGGCUCGCCAAAGAGGAACUCCGUGAAGAGCCCGAAAUCGUCAAAGCCGCCAUUGAAGAACUUCGAGCUCUUCUCAAAGCCGAUGAUACCAUUCAUUUCCGUGACGACGAUGAGUUCCUUAUGAUUUUCCUUCGGCCGUGCAAGUUCUACGCUAAGUCCGCUCAUGAAUUGAUGCAACGUGUUGCUAAGUUCAAGAACGACCAGAAAGCACUUUUGGACGGCCUUCUUCCCGAACAGGAGAAGGAUUCCUUCAUUAACCACAAUGUGGUGAAUGUGUUGAAGGAUCGUGACCAUUUGGGUCGUCGUGUACUGAUUGUCAACGUAGGCAAGACGUGGGACACCAAUGCAGUGGACUCUGAUCAAUUGUUCAAAAUCUUCUACCUCAUUCAUGAAGCCGCCAUGUUGGAACCAGAGACUCAGGUGCGUGGCGUUGUUGUCAUAAUGGACUUCAACGGCAUGGGCAUGUCUCAAGUGAAAGCUUUGUCCCCGGCGUUCAGCUACAAGCUGCUCACGUUUAUUCAGGAAGCAAUGCCUCUUCGUUUGAAGGAGGUGCAUAUGGUUAAGGAACCAUUUGUUUUCAACAUUGUCUGGGCUUUGUUCAAGCCUUUGAUCAAACAGAAGUUGAAGAAGAGAAUCUUCUUCCAUGGUUCCAAGAUGUCGUCUCUGCAAAAACACAUUCCUAAGACGCAUUUGCCCAAGGAUUACGAUGGUGAUCUGCCCACGAUUGAUUACACCGGUGCUGAUUGGUAUCCCGCGAUCGAAACACACAUCGAUCACAUUAAACAGUGGAACACUUACGGCUUGACCAAGAAAUAACUGCGUACGCUUGCAAUUUCUAGUAUUAUUCAUAAUUAUAAUACGUAAUAGCAAUAUCUAUGACAUAUUAAAAAUACAAUUACUCCAUCUUAUUCAUUAAGUGAUCACAAGUGCCAAUGAUAAACCAAAAUGCCACUUUAUAUGAUGGUUUAUGUUUAUGUUAUGUUAUUGAUAUGUUUUAGUUAAAUUUUAUUCAAUAUAAAAGUGAACAAAU